AUGACCACUGCGGCGCAGCCAGCAGAGCCCGUCGAGGCCGCGAUUGAGUACGCCCUCAAGCUCUCGGGAGUUCCGUAUGGCUGGUGGAGAGGUGGUGACAUCCCCAAGAAAGCCCCGAUGUGGGCUGAGGAUGGCCCAGCCCCUGCUCCUGAGAUGGUGGAGUCGUGCAACUGCGCUGGCCUCACGAACCUGAUGCUGCGAUCAGUGGGGCAGCCGCUUCCUUCCCACAAAGACAAUGGCUGUGGAGGCACUGGAGCAUAUGGCGCUGUUUACGCCUCAGUGUGGCAGUCCUUUGACCUAGAGACGAUCUACCCCCGUGGGACUCUGCUCUUGAGGAAAUAUCGAAGUGUGGAGGAUCAAGGGCACGUCGCGGUGGUGCUGGAACCAGCCGGGCGCGACGCCAAGGUCUUGCAAUCUCAUUGCGCGGGAUUUCCCUCCACAUCACCUGGUGUGAACGCAACGUAUACGGUAGCGGAGAGCCAUUGCGGCGGGUACUAUGAGUUUGCCGUGCUGCCAACAGAUUGGCUCCAACCUGCUAGGAGUGGCCAACCUGCUUCCGCUUGA